AUGUCGACCCAGACUGCGUUCUACCCGACCGACCCGUCUUUCGACCCGUCGAUUGCUCCGGAGUCCCUACUCAUGCGCAAUGGGUUCUCUCCCCAGUUUCUUCCUCUAUCACUACUCGAGAAAGGAAACCACCAAGAAGACAUGGGCUUUCAAUCUAUGCAAUUUCAACCCAACCAAACAGGAACUGCGCAGGAGUUAGCACGAAACAUGCCAGGUGAGGGCGACGACACCAACCGGCCACGCCUCCGCAACCGCGCACUCCGGCCAGCUCCGCCUGACAGUCGGAAAGGCUCAAUUGACGCCGAAAUGAACCAAGGCGCACCGUUUAUGCACUCGUAUCCAUCAGUGCCGAAAUUCUCACCAUUUUCAUUUAGCAGCGGGGGCCAUGACCCGGAAUUCGGCGUCGACAAUGAACGAGUCUCUCCGCACUCAGAUAUAAGCAGCAACAAAUCCUCGUCACCACUCCGCUGGCAGAACGGAGACACAGACAAGCGCGCGAAGCAUCUCGAGCGCAACCGCGCAGCAGCCAGCAAAUCCCGCCAGAAGAAGAAGCGGGAGACAGACCAGCUCCGGAACCGGUUCCAGGAGGUCUCUCGCAGAAGGUCUGGCCUUGAGGACGAGAUCAAAACCCUGCACAGCCAGUUACUUUCGUUGAAGGACCAGAUCCUCAUGCACUCGCGGUGCGAGGACGACGCUAUUCAUAUUUACCUCGGCCGCAUGGUGAAACAGGCCACGAAGCACGACUCUGUCUCGUCCGCCUCAACGGGUGAACCUGCCGAUGAAGAUGCACGUAGCCACGGGCAGGAGUCGGUGGGCUCGAUGUCACCACCCCAGGGCUUUCAUUCCCAUCACGCACAUCGAAUCCCGAUGAGCAUGGGUGACACCAGGGGACUGCCAUGCGGUAUUGAGAAGCCCAUGAUGCACCACCAGAUGUUUGGAGAGCCGCCUGAUGCCAAUAUCUUUGACCUCCAGAUGGGUAUAUCGUAA